UUUUGUCAUUUUUCUAGGGUUUCUUUCGAUCCUCUCUCUCUGUGGAGAGAGGGAAAAAAAGCAAAAAAAAAAUCUCAAAUUCUCCUCCCUUUUCGCUUGAAUUCUCCCUCCGAAAUUAGGGUUUCGUUUCUGCUCUUGUCUUCCUUCUCGAUUCCAAAAAUUCCCGAAUUUCUGCUGUCAAAAAUGGCAGAAAUUUCUCCAAAAAUUUCUCCAAAUUAGGGUUCCGGUCUUUUUCUCCGUUUCGUUUCAUCUCAGGAUUCCCUUUUUCGGAUAUUGUUCUACAAAUAAAUGGGAAUUUCUGUUUUAUUUGCUGAAUUUGGUCUCUGCUGCAGGAUUUGAGUCUCGGUCCAUCGAAAUCGAAAAAGGAGCCCCAGAAAUUCACCCAUUCAGCUGAUUUUCUCGUUGUUUUGAUUUCGGAGAAGUUCAGAUUCGAACUCGUCUGGGAAUUUUGAUUUUUCCAGCGUCUUGAAUUGGGUAGUGUUUGGGGGGAUUAUUUGAGUAGGUUAUGAGAUCAGUGCCUGAGAUAUGCUUAACGGAAAUAUAGAGCUUGUGGGGAGUUUCGUCCCUCGAUUCCAUGUUUCUCCACCUCGAUUGACCCAAGUGGUUGUUGGAAGGAGGAAAUGCAAUCCCGUGCUAUGUGUCUCCAAGGUUUCUUCUUCAUUCGGGGAGACCUUUCCUGUGUCACACCGUCGAUGGAAAGUUAUAGAAGUCCAGUGCAAUGAUAGUUCUAGUAUUCACCAAUCAUCAAUUUCUCAUGGCAGCACGUCGAGGCUUCCUGAGCUCUCUUUUGACAGAUUGCAACCCAGUGACCAGGAAUUGUGUGGAGGACAAAGGAGGGUUUUUGGUCGAUUUGUUGCUCGUGGAGCUGCAUUGGAUGAAGAAUACUGGACAGCAGCAUGGCUGCGAGCAGAAGCCCACUGGGAAUCCCUUUCUUAUAUGCGGCAUGUUGAUAAUUACAAAAGGAAGUAUGCGGAGAAGGAAUUCUAUGCUUUGAAACACCGAUGUUCUGGGAGGGAUGGCAACUGCUUGAAGUGUUUUUGCAUUGUUGCAGUUAAGAAGGAAGAAGAGAAUGUUAGACGCUCUGUCUUAAACAGUGUUGUAGGAACCCUCGAUGUAAGCGUCCGGCAGUUCUUGCAAGGGGAAACCUUCCCAGGGGAAGUGAAAAGGGCAAGUGGCGUCCUUGUUAACCACGAAGCCAAUGAUGCACAUAGAUAUGCGUACAUUGCGAAUGUUUGUGUGGCGAAGUAUGCCCGCCGUCGGGGAAUUGCUACUAAUAUGCUUCAUUUGGCGACUGAUGUUGCUAUCUCAGCAGGUAUGAAACAGUUAUUUGUUCAUGUCAAUGCUGACAACAAGCCUGCCCAAGAACUGUACAGGAAAACUGGCUUUGAGGUUACUGAUUCGCGUGGACUCUUUGAGCUUGGAAAGAAUUUCAUUCUUUGGAAAUGUCGACCCCUUGUGAAGUCGGCGAUGUCCUAAACAAAAAAGAUGAAGAAGACAUUUCAUGUCUAUUUCCGCUUCUGGCACAUGAAUGGGUCUUCCGGGCUUUGUAAUUAUUUUUUUUCACGAGGAAUUAAAUGAUCCUCAAGUUUAGGAUGUGUGCAGUAUCCUCGAGCAUUGAAUUGAGACAAUAGGGUCUAUGUUCUAGAAAGUUGAUCCGAUGACCUCAAAUGUGGUAGACAAUGGCCCUAGAAUCUCCAUCACUGGAAGCUUGUACCUAUCUGUUCUUUGCUUCUUCUUCUUUCUAUUAUUAUUAUUAUUAUUAUUAUUUAAUUAUUUAUUUAUUUCUUGUUGAUCAUGGACCAUUGUUGCGUUCUUGACAUCUAUUUGCAGACCACCUAUUGAAGGUUGGGAAUUUUCUACUUGAGGGAUUUUUUGGGGAUCCAUCCAUUGCGGGACCACUAGAUUCAUGGUCUGGAUAUUGUGAUCCAUCGGCAGCAUUGUCCAAACUCGAGGCUUGAGGACAUUGUGCAUGGGGAUCAUAUAAUUCCACCAAAAUGGGCCACUAAACCUUUAAAAAAAAAAAGAAGCUAAAAAGCAAGUCUAUGGUGUCAAAGCGAUCCCUUGACUUCUACCUAAAAACUCAAGCCGCACUAACAGCAGAUGAUUUGUUAUGAGUAUGUUUGGUUAGGGGAUCCUGCAAAUUGGUAUUAAUUCCAUUCCAAUCCCAAUUUUGGUGGCCCCAUGCUCUCCAUGUGGGAUUCACGGCACUAAAUUGGUCCCUGCUUUGGCAUAAAUUCAAUUAGCAAUGUUUUUUU